GGGGAUUUACAUAAUUCGUCAUUUGGCUCCACAAGAAGAGAAAUAAAGGUAUUAAAGUCUUUGUGGCUGGAUAUUUAUUUUAAGUAAUCCUCCAACAACAACAAAAAUCCUGUGUGGAAUAAUACUGGAUUUUCUAAGACAGUAUUUUGGAGCUGUUCAGUUCACAGUUUGUUAAAGAGAGAAAAAUGAAGAUGGGCAGAAAAGAAAUGUGCCACUAUCUUCAGCUUAUAGCUCUUUUCUUUUGUCUUUCUGGAAUAAGCCAAGCUGAGCUUUCAAUGUCUACAUCGAAGCCUUACAUUCAGUCUGGGAGAUCAAGAACUAAGCGGAGCUGGGUUUGGAACCAGUUCUUUGUACUGGAGGAAUAUACAGGCUCAGAUCCUCUUUAUGUUGGUAAACUUCACUCUGAUGUGGACACAGGAGAAAAUUCCAUCAAAUAUGUUUUGACAGGAGAGGGGGCAGGUACCAUUUUUAAUAUUGAUGAAUUUACUGGGGAUAUACAUGCAAGCAAGAGGUUGGAUCGGGAGGAACAAGCCUACUACACUCUUCGUGCACAAGCUUUAGACAGGCAAACAAAUAAACCUGUAGAGCCUGAGUCUGAGUUCGUCAUUAAAGUGCAAGACAUAAAUGACAAUGAGCCCAAAUUUCUGGAUGGCCCUUACAUUGCUGGCAUUCCUGAAAUGUCACCCGUUGGAACAUCAGUGCUGCAAGUAACAGCAACAGAUGCAGAUGAUCCCACUUAUGGAAAUAGUGCUCGAGUUAUCUAUAGCAUUCUGCAAGGUCAACCGUACUUUUCUGUCGAGCCAAAGACAGGGGUUAUUCGAACAGCUUUACCUAACAUGGACAGAGAAGCCAAAGACCAAUAUCUUCUGGUAAUACAGGCAAAGGAUAUGGUUGGCUUAAUGGGAGGACUAUCUGGUACAACAUCAGUCACAGUCACCCUUACAGAUGUCAAUGACAAUCCACCAAGAUUUCCUAGGAAAUCUGAUCAGUAUUCUGUUCCUGAAUCAUUGCCCGUUGGCUCAACAGUAGCUAAAAUAAAAGCAGCAGAUGCUGAUGUGGGACUAAAUGCUGAAAUGGAAUAUAAAAUUGUCGAUGGGGAUGGACAAAGUGUCUUCAAAAUAUCUGUGAAUAAAGAUACCCAAGAAGGAAUUGUUGCAAUUCAGAAAGAACUGGAUUAUGAAACGAAGACCAGCUACACACUGAGGAUAGAAGCAGCAAACAAACAUGUAGACAAUCGAUUUCUUAGUGCUGGUCCAUUCAUGGAUACAACAACAGUGAAAAUUACAGUGGAAGAUGUGGAUGAACCUCCUGUGUUUUCUCAAGCCUUUUACACAAUGGUGGAAUCUGAAUCCGCAAAGAUAGGAAAUAGCAUUGGAACUGUAAUGGCACAUGACCCAGAUUCCACAAACAGUCUUGUGAGAUAUUCAAUUGACCGUAAUACAGAUUUGGAGAGAUAUUUCAACAUUGAUGCCAACAGUGGGGUUAUUACAAUAGCAAAACCUUUGGACAGAGAGACCAAUGCUAUUCAUAACAUCACCGUUCUAGCAAUGGAGAGCCAAAAUCCAACACAGAUUGGAAAAGGCUACGUUGCUAUUAGCAUACUAGAUAUUAAUGACAAUGCUCCUGAAUUUGCCAUGGAAUAUGAGACAAAUGUUUGUGAGAAUGCUUCUCCAGGACAAGUUAUACAGGAAAUAAGUGCGGUAGAUAAAGAUGAACCAUCAAAUGGCCAUUGGUUUUAUUUCAGUUUACCUCCUGAUGCAAGUAACAUUAAUUUUACAUUACAAGACAAUAAAGAUAAUACAGCUUCAGUCAUAACAAAAAGAAAUGGAUUCCGGAGGCAAGAACAGCCUGUAUUUUAUUUACCAGUUGUCAUAGUGGACAGUGGAUCUCCGUCACUUAGCAGCACCAAUACACUUACUAUACAAGUCUGUGACUGUGAUGUUGAUGGAAUAGCACAAACCUGCAAUGCUGAAGCAUAUACUUUACCUGCUGGUUUGAGCACUGGAGCUCUGAUUGCAAUACUAGCCUGUGUUCUUACACUCCUAGUGCUUGUUCUUCUUAUUGUCACCAUGAGAAGACGUAAAAAGGAACCAUUGAUAUUUGAUGAAGAAAGAGAUGUACGAGAGAACAUUGUAAGAUACGAUGAUGAGGGAGGAGGUGAAGAAGAUACUGAGGCAUUUGACAUGACUACUUUGAGGAAUCUUAAUAUCAUCCGAGACAACAAAAGCAGGAGGGAUGUGACUCCAGAGAUUCAAUUCUUGAGCCGUCCAUCCACUAGAAGUGCUCCAGACAACUUGAUUUUUAGGGAGUUUAUUUGGGAAAGACUAAAAGAAGCUGAUGUGGAUCCUUGUGCUCCUCCUUAUGACUCCCUACAGACAUAUGCAUUUGAAGGCAACGGAUCAGUUGCAGAAUCACUGAGCUCUUUGGAGUCAGUGAGCUCCAACUCUGAACAUAAUUAUGACUACCUUAGUGAAUGGGGUCCUCGUUUCAAAAGACUUGCUGACAUGUAUGGCACUGUUGAAGACAACCUUUAUUCUUAG